AUGGCCCCUUCAAUUGGUUAUUUGCUUUCGAUCCAGUCGGUGCGGGAGACCAACUCCUGCACCAGAAAGCUCUUGCUGAACAACCAGCUUGUGAACUUCGAGGUGGAUUUAUCCAAACUUCCUGAUGCAGUGAAUUUCGUGAUCUCUACAAUCAGGGACUCGUUCCCCACUGACGAGUCGCUGCUGACCAUUCCAGGUCAUGGGAGAUACCAGCACUUUGAAUGUGGAGGAAAAAAGCGACUCACAGAGUUCAUCGACAAGCAGCUGAAGGACCAGAGCGACUACGAAAUAUGUAAAAAGCUGACUGAUCUGUUCAUAGUCAGUGUUCUUCUCGACGCGGGUGCGGGCAACCAAUGGAAAUACAACGAGAACGGCAAUCUGAUUGGCAGAUCUGAGGGAAUUGCUGUUGCCACUUUGCACAUGUUCGUCGACGGUGUAUUUAGCGACGGCGAUAGUUACGUGGUGAAUGGAUCGAAACUAGCUCGUUUGACGGCAGAGGAGCUCUCAAAAGGCCUCCAGGUGUCGGAGUCCAAUCCAAUUGCAGGAUUUGAAGGAAGGCUGACGCUCCUUAACCAGCUUGGAAAGACUCUGGUGCAAAAUCGCACUCUAUUCGGAGCUGAUGCCAGACCAGGAAACUUAGUCGACUAUCUGAAGCAGUCGUCGAAGGACGGGUUAAUAGACCUCCCCGAUUUGUGGAACUGUCUGAUGGAAGGCCUCAUGCCAAUAUGGCCGACGGAAGGACGUAUCAAGCUAGACGGAAAAUGCAUUGGAGACGCAUGGUAUCUUCAAAAUAAAAUCAGGGAAGCAGAGAAAGAGUACGGUGCCAAUGUCCCAGAGUCAGCAAAAAUUGUCACUUUCCACAAACUCACUCAAUGGUUGACAUACUCGCUGUUCCUCCCAUUGGAGAAGUAUGGACAUUUUUCAAUUAAAAAUGCUCAUUACAUGACAGGCCUCCCAGAAUACCGUAAUGGGGGCUUAUUUGUUGACUUCGGAGUGCUGAAAAUCAAGGAAGAGAAACUAAAGCAAGGCAUCCAGUUCUCCAUCGAGAAAAACUUGGGCUCACACAUUCCUCUGUAUACACCAGACGACGAUUUGAUUGUUGAAUGGCGGUCAUGCACCGUCUGUCUGCUAGACUACAUUCUCCCGCUUGUGAAUGAAAAAUUAGGAGUUACAGGCUCCAAGUAUGAGCUUUCGCUUCCGCAGCUUAUUGAGGCCGGGUCGUGGAAAUCCGGCAGACUCAUUGCCUCAAAACUGCGAAGCAACGGAGGGCCACCGAUAGAGUUGUUUGCUGACGGCACAGUGUUUUAG